AUAUGUCAGGACUCUACAAAGGAAAUAAGAAUAGCGUUGAAUACGCCACAUCGCCGACUUGGGUGCAAUUACAAUCCACAGACUGAUUUUGUCUAUGAGCACGGUCCGACUUCUCGAAAUGCAACCAAAUUCAUUAGCUUUGGACAUGCCAGAGGCAUGUAUCGCAUAAAUGUUUGGAGGUCGAUCUAUAUCGUGUUUUCGGAUACGCCAUAUACUUACAUUGUUGGGUCUGUAAAAAAUAUAGUAUCUUUGGCUUUUGCUUGUGAUUUAUUUUUUUUCUUGGGAUGUAGAGGUGAGAAAGCCGGAUUAGCUUCUUCUGAGAGAAAAAAUUGUUACAGAACUUUGUUGAACACUGAACUGAUCCAACGAAAAGCGAUCGGAAAAAAGGGAGACGCAUAUAUUAGAACUAUUGGAUCGAUAUCAAUGGACUGGGCAGUAUCAGAAGCAGGUCAUAAGUGUGAAGACGCGGUGUUGAUUAGGACAAAUUUUGACUGCCUAGCUGGAUACACCUGCAGAUAUACAAAAGGAGAUCCACUUAAAGUUUAUACUGAUGCAAAUAACUUUAAUAAAUCCUUGGACGUGCUGAUCGAGAUAAUAUAUGGUAAGCUUCUAAUACUUAAGACAAUAGAAGUUAUAAACAGUGGUAUGGACAGUCAAAACAAGAUUGCAAGAUAG